UCUAUUUUUUCCGGCGGAAGGUCACGGAGGGGCUGUGCGAGUCUAAGGGACCACCGAAGCGCGCCGCGCCGCCAUUUUCCCCCCAGCGGGGCGGGGCCGUGCUGGGCGGCUUUGGCUUCUGUUUCAGCUUUGUCCCGCCGCCCCUGGGGGUCCCUGGGGCUGUGUUCGCUCUCCCCAGUGAGGGACCCCGGCUCGGGGGUGAUUAAUCCAAGCAUGGGUAGUGUGAAUAGCUCAGAGGGUCCCUGGCUACAAAGAUUUGCAAAUGGGAAACUUGUGAGAAAACGCAGGCGGCAACAGCCUUGGAAGGCAGCACCUGAUCAAAGCCGAGACAUCAUUGCUUCUGUUCAGUGCAUCUUGGACAGAGAAAAUUUUGUGAGGGAGGUGGACAGAUAUUUGAGACACAGUGAUUUCCUUAAUCUGAGAAAGAAAGAGCUUCUCUACAAAAAAUAUCUUGAGGAUGUUUCAGAGCCAUUUAUGCAGAAAAUGAAGGACCGAAUGGACAGCCAGUCAGAAGAAGAAGUGCAGAAAAGGAGACAAGAACAAUUUUCUCAGUAUUUAAACUACUGUACAAAGAAGGGCUACGUGUUUUUGGAUGAUUAUGACCCAUCAGAGUAUGACCCAUUCUUCCAGAAGACAGGCACAGACUGCUGGAAGGAUGAAAGUCAUCAACCAGCAUAAUGACAGAGAGCGCCAGUGAUGUCACCUGUCCUCCAGCUGACCACAGCAGCAAGCACAGCCAUCAAAGGUACCCUUUACAAAACAGGUUACAUGCACUGCCAAAGCAAGUGAGAAGAGGCCGGGUCUUUGGGCAAACUGCAAUAAACUUACUGUCUUAAACGUGUAGUUCUGAAAUGUUGUUACCCAGCAGGCAAAGAAAUGUCUGAGAUGCUGCUCCUUUUCUUGCCAGAUCCAAUUCAAUGCUCUACAGGCCAAAACCUAUUAUUUCAGGAGGUUUAACUUGGGCUGAGCUCAAUAAAGACAGUGCUGGUGUUCUCUCCUGGAGACAGUGUCCAAGCAGUAAAUCAAGCUUUUAACAUACAUCAUAGGUAUUUUGAGAAGGCAGGAAGAGGAGA